ACAGAUGCGCUUGAGCUUAGUAACAAUCUUGAUAGUCUUGCGAUUGUGAUUCUGUGAAUGAUAUGAUAUGAGGUUUAACAAAAAUCAAGCUCUUUUUACUGUAUCACUUAAACAAUAAUGCUCUCCUAGUGAGUCUUUUUCAAUUUCUAAGGCAAAGUCAUGAGUAGGUGCACUUUUUAUCGUAAAGUCUCCGAAAGAACUCGUUGUUUAUAUAACUUGAUGGACGUAACGGCGUCCUUUCGCACAAAUUCGCGAAAAAAUUCGGGUAAAAUUCUCACAAAAGAUUAACGGAAGGAAAUCAUACCCUCAGACCCAUUCGAUGAAAAACUAUAAAACAGCUUUGGAACUAGAGAACGAUUUGCUCCGAAUGGUUUACGCUUUGGUGUUGGUUUUUGUGGUUUGCUACAUUCCAUAUCAGGUUCAGUUUCUUUUGAUGGAAUUCAGUUUGAAGGCGUUCAUGUAUUGGCCUCAUCGUUACAUAAUUGAUAGGCUUGUUUAUACAUUAACUUGUUUACCAAGUGCCUUACAUCCAGUAUUUUACGGAAUGAUGAGUCAGUUUUACCGCAAAGCUUUUAUUAGAAUGAUUGCCUGUCAGAUUCCAAGUAAUCAUCCAGUGUUGCCUCCAGUUUGUAUAGCUUUUCACGGUGAUUUCGAAAUAGGAAGUGGACCAGGUAAGGGAAUCUCGAUUCCAGAAUCCGGAAAAUUUUUAAACGUGGACUCCGGAAUUCUGCGCUUUGGUAUCCGGAAUACAGCUCAAGGAAUCCAGAAUCCUAAACGUUUGGAGUCCAUAAUCCAAGGUCUGAGAAUGUCGGGAAUCCGGAAACCACGGCGUAGAAUCCAGAAUCCAAGAAAGUAAUCCAAGACUUUCUUGGAUUCCCUUACAUGGGGAGAAAAUUGAUGGGGCGCAGAGAUUUUGAAACAUGCAAGAAGUUGUGCAUCUUAGGGCCUGUUUACAUGAAGGUAGGGGAC